AUGGCUGGCCAAAAUCCUAAGUCAUGGGUAACUUGGCUUUCUUUAGCGAAAUGGUGGUACAAUACCAACUUUCACUCGACAACUUUAUCAUCACUAUAUGAGAUUGUAUAUGGACAACCUUCAUCAUUAAAUUAUCCUUAUUUGGUUGGAGAAUCAAAAGUAGAAGCAGUUGAUCGUAGCCUAUCUACUAGGGAAGAAUCCCUUAAGAUGCUGAAAUUUCAUCUUCAAAGAGCCCAAAACCGCAUGAAACAACAAGCUGACAAAAAAUGGGUGAACUGUGUGUAUGAAGUAAGGGAUUGGGUGUUUGUUAAAUUACAGCCAGAUCGACAAUUGUCAAUUCGAGGAAAAUGUACAAACUUAGUCCAAAAUUCUAUGGACCCUUUCUGGUGGUGGAAAAUUGGAAAAGUUGUAUAUAAGUUGGACAUUCCUCAAUAUCACGAAUGA